AUGGCCAACCUGUUGCUUGACUAUGCAAUCAAUAAGUGCAAACGGCCGGUCCAGGUGGCCAGAGUCCAUUGCUGCGCCUUCACUACGCCAUGCCAGAUUCUGGAGAAGUUGGGCCAGCACUGUAUCACCGUGACUAGUAAUGGGGGCAUUGGUGCCGGAAGUUGCGGCAGAAGUCGAGCUGGCGUCGGGGAGGAUAGUGUGGGCUUGGGGAGGCCAGGAAUUGCUGCUGACCAGACGUCAGGGCAUUGUCGGGUUAUGAGACCACGCGAGGGUGACUGUCUCAUCUUGCACCUGAAGGACCUGAAUCUGGUGAAGCCAGACAAGUGGGGCACCUGCCAACUGGUAGCUUUCCUCCAGCAAGUGAGCCAAAAGCCAGAAGGCUAUGAUUUAUUACGUGAUUUUUCUGUUUCCUCCCUUCUCCAGUUUUAUCCACACUUGACCAAAGUUCACGUGUUUCACAAUAACAAGGUUUUGAUUCCUCCUUCGAGUGUCAUUAGCUCUUUUUCUGCUCAAAAAUGCAUCCCAUUGCAGAUGAUACAGACUUUUGGUAAUUAUUGGAGUGUUGUGGCCAUUAGCCUUCCAUUAAAAGCGCACUCUUCUCUUUAA